GGCGCGGCGGCCGUUACCUGUCAGCGGCGGGGCGGCGGGGCGGCGGGAUGGAGGGGCUCAUCCCGCUCGUCAACCGGCUGCAGGACGCCUUCGCGGCGCUGGGCCAGAGCUGCCUGCUCGACCUGCCGCAGAUCGCCGUGGUGGGCGGGCAGAGCGCCGGCAAGAGCUCGGUGCUGGAGAACUGCGUGUCCAGGGAUUUUCUUCCACGAGGUUCUGGAAUUGUAACAAGAAGACCAUUGGUCUUGCAACUUGUCACUGCCAAAACAGAAUAUGCUGAAUUUCUACACUGCAAAGGAAGGAAAUUUACUGAUUUUGAUGAAGUUCGUCAGGAAAUUGAAGUAGAAACGGAUAGAAUAACAGGAGUGAACAAAGGCAUUUCUUCAAUUCCUAUUAAUUUAAGAAUAUAUUCUCCACAUGUAUUAAGCCUGACUCUUAUUGACUUGCCGGGAAUCACAAAAGUGCCAGUAGGGGAUCAGCCUCCAGAUAUUGAGGUACAGAUCAGAGACAUGAUAAUGCAGUUCAUCGCUCGAGAAAACUGUCUGAUACUGGCUGUGACUCCAGCUAACACUGAUCUGGCCAACUCAGAUGCUCUGAAGUUGGCUAAGGAAGUGGACCCUCAGGGCCUUAGGACCAUUGGUGUGAUCACAAAAUUGGAUCUGAUGGAUGAAGGAACAGACGCAAGAGAAAUUUUAGAAAAUAAGCUACUCCCUCUUCGUAGAGGUUAUAUUGGUGUUGUGAACAGAAGCCAGAAGGACAUUGAUGGGAAGAAGGACAUCAAGGCAGCUCUCCUAGCAGAAAGGAAAUUCUUUCUUUCCCAUCCAGCAUACAGGCACAUGGCAGAUCGGAUGGGAACACCGUAUCUCCAAAAAGUUCUAAACCAGCAACUUACCAAUCAUAUUCGGGAUACCCUGCCUGCCUUCAGGAGCAAACUCCAGAGUCAGCUGCUUUCUAUAGAACAUGAAGUAGAAGUAUACAAAAACUUCAGACCUGAAGAUCCAACCAGAAAAACGAAAGCCUUGUUGCAGAUGGUACAACAGUUUUCAGUGGACUUUGAAAAAAGAAUCGAAGGAUCGGGAGAUCAGGUCGAUACGCUAGAACUUUCAGGAGGUGCCAAAAUUAAUCGUAUUUUCCAUGAACGUUUCCCUUUUGAACUAGUGAAGAUGGAGUUCAAUGAGAAAGAACUGCGGAGAGAAAUAAGUUAUGCCAUCAAGAACAUACAUGGUAUCAGAACAGGUUUGUUUACUCCAGAUAUGGCAUUUGAAGCUAUUGUUAAAAAACAGAUUGUCAAGCUGAAAGGACCGUGCUUAAAAAGCGUGGAUCUGGUGAUGCAAGAGUUAAUCAACACAGUCAAGAAAUGCACUAAAAAGCUGGCAACAUAUCCAAGGCUGUGUGAGGAAACAGAAAGAAUUGUUGCUGGCUAUAUUCGUGAAAGAGAGGAGAAGACGAAGGAUCAGGUGCUGCUGCUGAUUGAUAUCCAGGUUUCUUACAUCAACACCAACCAUGAAGACUUCAUUGGCUUCGCAAAUGCCCAACAAAGAAGCAGUCAGGUUAACAAAAGUGCAGUGGGAAAUCAGGGAACCAAUCUACCGCCUUCAAGGCAAAUUGUCAUCCGGAAAGGCUGGCUGACCAUCAACAAUAUCGGCAUCAUGAAAGGAGGAUCCAAGGAAUAUUGGUUCGUCCUAACUGCAGAAAGCCUGUCCUGGUAUAAAGAUGAUGAGGAAAAAGAGAAGAAGUAUAUGCUUCCUCUGGACAACUUGAAAGUGCGUGAUGUUGAAAAGAGCUUCAUGUCUAGCAAACAUAUCUUCGCGUUGUUUAACACAGAGCAGAGGAAUGUUUACAAGGAUUACCGUUUCCUUGAACUAGCCUGUGACUCCCAAGAGGAGGUGGAUAGCUGGAAGGCAUCUCUGCUACGAGCCGGUGUCUAUCCUGAUAAAUCCUCAGGGAACAACAGAACUGAAAAUGAUGAGAACGGCCAAGCAGACAAUUUUUCAAUGGACCCCCAGCUGGAGAGGCAGGUGGAGACGAUUCGAAACCUAGUGGACUCCUACAUGUCUAUUAUCAACAAAUGCAUCCGCGAUUUGAUACCGAAAACAAUCAUGCACCUUAUGAUCAAUAAUGUCAAAGAAUUUAUCAACGCAGAGCUCCUGGCUCACUUGUAUUCUUCUGAGGACCAAAACACUCUAAUGGAAGAGUCAGCUGAACAGGCACAGAGGCGAGAUGAAAUGCUUCGAAUGUACCAAGCUCUGAAGGAAGCCCUAGCGAUCAUUGGCGAUAUCAGCACUAGCACCGUGUCAACCCCUGCACCACCUCCUGUAGAUGAUUCAUGGCUCCAGCAGGCCCGCAGAUCUCCUCCUCCAAGUCCCUCAACUCAGAGGAGGCCUACGUUAAAUAAUCCCCCAACCAGACCUUUAUCUGGCCGAGGACCAGCUCCUGCAAUCCCAUCUCCAGGCCCUCAGUCAGGGGCUCCCCCGGUCCCGUUCCGCCCAGGACCAUUGCCCCCAUUUCCAAGCGGUGGCGAAGCCCAUGGAGGACCUCCCCAGGUUCCCUCUCGGCCAACACGGGCUCCUCCCAGUGUCCCAAGUCGAAGACCACCCCCUUCACCUACUCGGCCCACUGUAAUUCGUCCGUUAGAUUCAUCCCUGUUAGACUAAAUGAAGUUUCUGGCAUGCCAUUCCUUGUUAACCAAAUAUGUGGAAGCAAAUUGCUUGGUAACUGUUGCAAUAACCAAUGUAUAGUCGCAUGUAUGGACAUCUAUAGGCAAGUAACCAAUUUUACUGAUAUACUCUGUCCAUUCUGCUUUGUUUAUGAGGUCUUAAAUGUUUUGGGAAGGUCUGUACUGUCUUGACUUUUCCUUUCACAAUAGCUGAUGUUAGCUAACUUACUGACACACGUGUUUGCUCAGGCAGCCAUGCUCACGAUCCUGUACACUCAAAGGAGGGCUUGAGUUUGUGUGUGUUUGUGCACGUGUUGAUUUGAGCUGCAUCUUCUUUUCUCUUCUCUGCGAGGAACCUUGCUUUUUAUUUGUACCUUCCAGGUUUUCUGCCAUUUGGCAUUUUACAGUUGUGCCCACCUUCUUUUUUGAUGGUUGAACCAGGCAAAGAAAACCAAUGUGGUUUCUUAUCAAGCUCUUCUGACAGCCCCACACCUCCAUGCCUCUUUUGCAAGAAACUUGCUGGAAGGCUGCUUCUCCCAUAAUUUCUUCUUCUCCGAAGCCUAGUUUAUAAGGAAUGCUGUUAAACUGGAAGGGUGUGUAUGGGACAAUGUGUUUUAUUUCCUUUCCUCAUGGAUGACUGAUACUUCGAGCUUGGGUGAUUAGUAAGGACAGGGCUGCAGUGCCCCAGCCUGCAAGGUGUGGAGCUGUCUCACUAGCAGCAAGGAUGGGAGAAGGGUGGUUUGAAGAGCCAGUACAUGACAGAGUGGUAUGUGCUGGCUCAGUUUGUCCUCUGGUAGUGCUUACUCACCUUAGUCCUCCCACUGAACUCGUAGGAAGGUUUAUGCCUAGGUAAGUGGAUGUAGUGUGUAUAUAUAUAUAUAUUGCAUGGCAGGAUCCAGGGAACUGAGCAUUGUUUUGGGCCAUUUUGUGAAGCAGAGGGGAGGUAGAUAUAUGUACAUAUAUGUAUACACAUAUGCAUACACGCAUGCACAGCUGUAAAUAGGUGACCACUCCUCUGCCCACUGCGUGAGCCAAUUCAGAGCUAUGGCCUAGAUUUGCAUCUGAGCUUUCCAAGGAUCCACUGUGGAUUUGAGAUACUUGCUCACACCAGUCGAUAAAUUGCCGGUACGUCCUCCAAAAAAAGAUUUUCUCUUUGCAUUUCUUGAUAUCCCACACACCUCAGAUUAGGAGUCACUUUAUCCAGCCAGGUACUGAGAAGUGCUCAGCUGUGUACCCUGGCAGUGUAUUAUUUUAGCAGAUGUUCACCUUCAGAGGUCCUCUCUGCCUGUUGCUUUACAUGUUGUGUAUCAAUGUGUUAUAAAAACCUUUUGUCUUAACUCGGCAUUACUUCACUUUAAACACUUAGGGUCAGUGUUACCCGUGUAGUUUAAAACUUCUUGAGUCGACAGAAUUAAGCUAGAGAUUAAUUUCAGAAAAUAUUAAUUGCUGUUAUUACAAUUAUGGUUACAGAUCCCUAGGCAAAGCAAUUGGUGGUUUCAAAGGUCCCCGCUAUAAUCAGUCCAAUAAAUUCAUUUAUUGAGGCUGCAUGUAGGGCUCCAGUGCGCUGUAGCUCCGUGGUUAGGAAGAAUCCAAUCAAAGAGCCACAGCCAAUGGGGAUUUUUGCUGUUAAAUAUUCCCAGGCUGCUGAUUAAAUAAGUUGUGUUUGCUGCUGAAGCAAAUCAUGUUUCUGCUUGCAUAAGAGAGACAAGUUUGGGAAAGCAUCAUGAUUUGUAUGUUAGCCUAACUUUAAUUUCCUGUAAACCUCGUACUUACGACACACAUGUGGGGAGUCUAGAGGUCAACAUCUGAAGCAUGGGGGAGAUGGAAUUUGUCAGAGCACCGGCACCUCGGUGAUCUCAGAAAAGUCCUUAAAUGGCUGCUGUGUGUUUGGAGAACAGGCCUACAGCUUCACAAUCAGGUGCACAGAGUCAGCUUUCAAGGAUGAAAAGGCUGUAAGAGGCUGUAAGUCCAACUGUGUGUUUCUGGUUUUUACUACUAAAAACCUACUCAAAGCAUAUUUUGAUCAUGUUUUGUGGUCUACAGCUUUCUGCUGCAUGAUGCUCUCUGCUGUUACGUGUAGUCCAUCAAUCAGGUGUAUUUUUGUAGCUAUAGUAGUCCAUUUUGUUGCCUAGCCAGAAAAUCUGUGUAUAGUUUGUCAGAGCUCUAUCACUGACUGGCAGCUGCCUUCUGACAGAAAGUCAAGCCAAGCACCUCUUGCAGCUUGGCCACAGAAGGUCACUGUACCCCCAGAUUUGUUCAGUGAUGCUGCAAGCCUAUGGUUUGGGUUUAUCCCACCUCACCCUAAGCGUUUUGCUGAGUUGCCUCCAGAAGGGGUGAUUCAGACCGGUGUGACUGCAUGGGAAUGCUGGUAAGGUAGGAGCUUAAUUAGAUGACAAAGCUCUUGGCCUAAAAACAUGUAUUUAAAUCCUCUGUACCUGAGACUUCUGAAUUUAAUGACUGUUUCUGUCAAGCAUAAAGGAAAUAGCUAGCACAGUUCAGCACUAUCCUUAACUCUGCCCCACAGGAAAUUGUAUUUCUCAGCGGCAAUCCUGAAUUGUAAAUGAAGCUCCCAGGAGCGGAUUGAGGAGAGAAAAGAGGAGGCAGCAGUGAGGCACCCAUGGCCCUGGUGUGAGCACCAUCUGGUUCUGUGCUCAGUAUUGAGCUUGUGGGACGUAGCAGGUAGCUGCACUCCCCUCCUCUGCAUCUCCAUCACACCUAAAUCUGAACCUGCUGCUAAAAUGCAAUGCUUUUAGAUGUGUAGGCUAAUAAUUAACCUUUAGCACAGAUCCAGAGUUCGAUGAUUUUACCUCUUCUUGCAUAUAUGCUUUUUAGAAUCAACUAUGUAGAAUUGUUUCUAGAAAAAAAUGCUAAGUGCUUCACAAGAAAUUGCCACUUCCAACUGAAUAAACACUCUGCUCCUAGUCUUGACCCCUUUUCUUGUACUGUGCAGUGCCUGGGAUGGAUGAUUCUGGUGAGCCGUCUCUCUCCCAUCCCUUGUUCUCAGAGGAGCAACUUGCCAUCACCUCACUCCACACCUGAAGGAGAGGAGAACAGGCUCACCAGUACCUUAAGGGAUCUACUGGGGGGGCUGGCUGGCUGAGAGUGGCUGCUGUCCCCUCUGCAGAUACCCUUCCCCAGGGUCAGCUGAACCUGAGCUCCUGGAUUGGAGAAGCACAGGUUACUCUCCCUUUGUUUGAUCCCCUCUGGCAAAGCUCGGAAGAUUGCUAAGGAGCAGAGGAGACUCCCGUUAAGCAACAGCAGGUUUUUUGAGCUUACGUGAGCCAGAUGAUGUAGGCAGCUAGGUUUCAGGAGGGUGUUUAUCUAGUAUUGCGUGUAGGCUAAGCCCGAGUCUCUGCCCGGAGAACAUGUUCCACUUUUCCUUGUCAUGGCUGACCAGCAGCUGAGGAGUUUGCUCAUGCCGUAAAUAGUUCUUGGCCUUUGAUGUCAGGGGAUCUUGCGUUACGUUAAAAUGCUUGUAUGUUCAGCGAAAAGGCUUAUGUACAUAGUUAACCUGUGUUUAUUUUAUUGCUGAUCUUGUUGCACUUUGAGUAAGCCUCGUAAAAAUAGAUUAUUAUAUUAAAGGAGAUGUGUUAGAGGUUACGACACUUCAUGUUAAAGCAUAACAUAGAAAAUAUUAUACUCUGUAUCGCAGGCCAAUACACUAAACGUGUGUACAUCAUAUGGAGAUUACUGGCUAGUUCUGUCUUUCUGUCUUAAAACAGUCCAAACCUCCUGAAUUGAAAGCAGACCUAUUUUGCACAUGUGGCACUGGGGAGACAUGGACUUUUUGGGAUGCUUGUGGCACACGUCCUCCCGCGGUGGCACUGAACCUCCUCCCUGGGCUCUAGCAGAACAGCUUCCCUGUGUAAAUGAAUGUUACUCUGCCUGUCUUUCCUCUUGCUUUGUCUGCAGGCGAGCUGAUACCGAUGGCUCCUCCCGUCCAGACAGUCCUCCACUCUUGCUUGAUAUAUGAUUUGUCCCGUCUUGCCGGCCGUUUGCUUUACUUCCUGUCUCUUUACUUUUCCAGGAUGGUGUAAACAAUGACUUCUUUUUGUAAGAAGCAAGCGCUUAAUUUCUUUCCGAAUUUUGCUCUGUAUGUUAAUGCCCUGUUUCAUAUGAGCCAAAACAUCUGCCUUUGGUUUCGUAGUCUGUAAAUGGUUCCUGGUGUUGACCUUUGAGCACAGUGAGUCGAUUCCCGAAACCACGGUCAUUACCGAGCAUCGCAUACACCUGCUGUAAACAUGUUAUGCUGCAUUUCUGAACCUGAAAUAAACUGUAACUCCUGCUGGGCUUUUAUUAUUACUUUCUGGAUGUGCAUGAGCGGGCUCCAGUCUUGUACCGUAAUCUCAGCCUGCUCACCACCUCGGUUGGGUCUGCAGCGAGGAUUUACCGGAGAGGUGCGUUGCUGUUCAGAUCACUCCAAGUGUUGGGAAAAGGGGAGACGAGAGAGAAGUAGCCCACAGGAAGCAUUCAACCUUCUGCCCUGCUAGGGGCUUGGAUGCUUUGGGGAUGUUUUGCUGAGUGGAUAUUUUUCAAGCAGAGCCUGGUGUUGGUUUCAUUGCUGGGAGAAGCAUAUUUGAGGGGUGCUGAGAGCUGAGCACAGGGCCAGGGUGAGUCCUCAGGAGCAGAGUAAAACUGUGCCUGUGUACGUGUGCUGCUUGGAAGGGAUUUCCCCUAAAGCAGUUGUGUAUGACCACGCAGCUGCCUCAGAAUGCCUUGAUUACUCAGUUCCUCCCUCAGAUUGGUACGAGCCAAGUAACUGGAAUGGGUGCUCGGAGGAGCAGGUCUGCAUGGCACAAGUACAGCACAGCAGCAGGGGGCAUUUCCCACCAAGCAGCAGGCACUCAGCUGGUCCUUAGGUUUGGGGAAAUUGGGAACAAAAGGUGGAACAAGCAAAGCAGUAACGUCCCCAUUUGCGUUCACAGCAAGCUUGCUGUAACACUUGGGGACAUUUUUUUUUUAAUAGCCUUUAAUGGAUGCGCCCAAGGCAGUCUGCACAAGCUCCCUGAGCAAACAGCAGCAUGACACACGUGUCCGUCUGCCUGGGGUACGUUACCUCUCCCUCUGUGAGUUGUUUCCAGGCGUGCUGGCCAGCAAUGCACCAGUGCUGUGUGCUGGAUAACGGGGUGAGCGGCCGCUCUUCUCCAUCCAGGCCAUGGAGCCAUCCACUGCCAAGGGUCUCUCCUGCAGGUUUUGGCAGUAGAUUGAUUACGCUGCUGUCACCCAAGCUUUUAGCCUUCCCCAGCAAGGUUCCCUUCAGAAACCCCAGUCCAGCUCAUAGACACAUCUUGUUCGCUCGCUCCUGAUUUCAUCAGAGUCUCAUUUGAAAAAGCACUAUUCCAAGAGCAGCGUUUGCAGCAGGUAGUGGUGUAGAUUUUAAGGCUGGCUAGAGAAAAGCUCUUCUAGGAGGAUAUUAUUUCCUGCACGAAAAGUAGAAAGCCUCUGAGCAGCAACCUUCACACUUGUGAUGGGGUUGUCCUAGCUCUCUGGCGCCAGCACAUCAGAUGGGAAAUGGUGAGGAUGAAAGCAGAGGCUGUGCUGAUAGCCAGCUGAUUCUAAUCUCCUUCUUGCUCUUUUCCUCACUGUGCAUGUUCGGUGCCUUUUUUUUCCUUAACCCAUUUUGUUAAGAUAAAUUUGUAUAUGAGUCAUUCUAUUGUAUCUCGACCUUUUGUUUUAAAUCUCUUCUCCCCCUCCCCUUGAAUUUUGGGUUAUUUUUUGUCUUUUUCCUAGGCGACCUCCUCCAGCUGUUCCAGGAAGAUCGUCCUAACACACACACAUCUUUUUUUUUUUUUUUU